UCAUUAUUUAUCAAUCGAACCGACUCACUCAACAAUGUCUUCCUCCUCCGUCGACGUCGUCUCUCCGCCUCCGCUCCCUACCGUCGCGAAGCUUCAUGUAGAUUCCGUCACUUUUGCACCGUCCGUCAAGUCACCGGCCUCCUCCAAUCCACUCUUCCUCGGUGGCGCAGGUGUCCGAGGCUUGGAGAUCCAAGGAAAAUUUGUAAUUUUCACACUCAUUGGAGUGUACCUAGACGCUAAAGCCGUCCCAUCACUCUCCCUCAAGUGGAAGGGCAAAACCGCAGAGGAGUUAACCGACAGUAUCCCGUUCUUCCGUGAAAUCGUCACUGGUGCGUUUGAGAAGUUUAUUAAGGUGACUAUGAAACUGCCGUUAACUGGACAGCAAUACUCCGAGAAAGUAACGGAGAAUUGUGUGGCCAUAUGGAAAUCCCUAGGGGUUUAUACCGACUGUGAAGCCAAAGCUGUGGAGAAGUUCUUGGAGGUUUUCAAAGAUGAAACCUUCCCUCCUGGCGCAUCCAUACUCUUCGCACUCUCCCCAAACGGCUCACUUACGGUUGCCUUUUCCAAAGAUGAUAGCAUUCCUGAAACCGGGAAAGCUGUGAUCGAGAACAAAUUGCUAGCGGAGGCCGUUCUUGAGUCGAUCAUCGGUAAGAACGGCGUCUCUCCCGGGACUCGAUCUAGUGUUGCCGAGAGACUAGCUCAGCUGAUGGAGGAGAACAAGGUCGAGGGCGAAACUAGUGAUCUUUCCCUUGAAGAUAAAUCGGCCAAAGGGAACUGAGAAUGAUAGAUUUCUCUUUGAGUAUUUGUGUUUUUCAAAUGUUUCUAUGUCUUAAUUACCUAAUGUUCUUUAGUUUCUCUUGAAUGUUUUUGUUAAAUUAGGGUUUGUUAUGGGCUUCCAACUCAAAACCAAUUGGCAAUUUGUGGA